UCUCUCUCUCUCCCUCUCUCAUUCUCUAUCUCCUUCUCUUGCACCACCUGUUAGUGCAGACCCCUGUGCUUUGGAAUUCACUUGUUUAUGAGGGACUCUUUCAUACUCACACAAUCAAAGCUCUAUGACGGUGCGUAAGGGAAAAAAGCUCACCAUCUCCAUUCAGGAACACAUGGCCAUAGACGUCUGUCCGGGCCCCAUACGACCAAUUAGACAGAUCUCUGCCUAUUUCCCCCGUCUCUCCCCAACCGCUGAGCCCGUCUCUCCGAACCCUGCUUCUCCACUGUCUCUGAGCCCAGGCCUCGGGGCCUCUGGAGGGGCCAGUGGAGGCCUGUUGUCUCCAUUGCAGGCUGGAGCGAGAGGAGGAGGUGGGACUCUGUCCGCAGCCAGCAGCAUCGAGACAUCGGUGGACAUCUGCAGUUCAGACAGUGAUGACAGCACUGCGCUGGGGACGCUAGAGUUCGAACUGAGGUAUGAGAAAGCCACCAGUUCACUCAACUGCACCAUCAUCAGAGCAAAGGGUUUGAAACCCAUGGAUUUUAAUGGCCUGGCUGACCCUUAUGUCAAACUUCAUCUUCUACCAGGAGCAUGCAAGGCCAAUAAACUGAAAACCAAAACAGUACGUAAUUCUCUAAAUCCUGUUUGGAAUGAGACGCUCACUUACGUUGGCAUCACAGAGGAGGAUAUGCACAGGAAGACUCUGAGAUUAUCGGUGUGCGAUGAAGAUAAACUGACUCAUAAUGAGUUUAUUGGAGAGUCCAGAGUGGCCCUACGACGUGUGAAACCGGACCAGACCAAACGUUUCUACACCUGUCUAGAACAUCCACCACCUCUUCCCUCUCCAACAGCAAUGGGAGCAGCGCUGCGAGGGAUCUCCUGUUACCUACGAGAGUGGGAGAAUGAACAAAUGACGAGUUUGGAAGAGAGGGGUCGUUUGCUGCUUUCGCUGCAGUUCCUUCCCCCACCUGCAGAGGGUGAAGGAGAGUCCCGGCGAGGGGGAUUAUGUGUCGGAGUGCUGCGCUGCGCUCAUCUGGCUGCCAUGGAUGUAAAUGGCUUCUCAGAUCCCUAUGUGAAAAUAUACCUGAAGCCAGAUGUGAAGAAGAAAUCCAAACACAAAACGUCAGUGAUUAAAAAGACCCUCAACCCAGAAUUCAACGAGGAGUUUUUCUAUGAGAUCUCUCUAUCUGAGCUGGUUCAUAAGACGCUGGAGGUCACAGUAUGGGACUAUGAUCUGGGAAGAUCUAACGAUUUCAUAGGUGGCGUGUGCCUGAGCUGUCACGUCCAGGGAGAUGCCCUUCGCCACUGGAUGGACUGCCUGAGGAACAAGGGUCAAAGGGUGGAGCGCUGGCACAUUCUGGCCAAUGAGCUGCCCCAGACCACCUGCCACGACUGAGGAGGAAGAAUCCCGCCGGGAAAUCAGUCAUGAUAGGUUAAUGGAUUUGAUUGGUAUGAGGUGGAUAAUUAUAUGAGCUAACUAGGGGCCAAGUAGUUGGGAGUAAAUUACACACUUUGCGCUGUUUAAAGGAGGGUGGAGGAAGGGACUCGGUGUCAGUCAAAGUGUGUCCCCGCCCCUUUCACCCACUCUCUCUCUCUUUCUCUCUCUUUCUUGCGCGCUGCACGUUUUCUACACAUUUUUGUAACGUUGAAGUGAAUUUUACUCUGGUGUAGCACAAUUCUCUUUUUGGAAUAACUGAUUACCAAUGUAUUUCAAUGUUCAGUGCUUUCGUAACGCUUACAGACUAAGACGCGUCUUAAUGAAACAUGGGGGUGCAUGUCAACUGCCUGCCAUAAACGCAUCGAAAGGAUAUACAUGUAUGGUAUCGUCAUGACAACAUGGGAGGGUACUUAAAGGGAUAGUUCACGCAAAAAUGAAAUCGCUAACAUUUACUUAAGGAAGUUAUUUUGACGAAUGUUGGUUGAUGAUACAUCAAUGGCCAUUUUUUUUCAUACUAUGAAGCAACCCAGGCUCAUUAUGAAUAUCUAUCCAGGUCUACAUUUCUGGGGACAGCAAAAUACGUCACUGAAGGUAGAUCUGCUUGCAUUUUUUGCUUUUGCAAAUCCAACAGAUGGCACUGUGUAUGCUUUUUGAUAGUCUCAAAUUUCUUUCACGCAUGCUCUUCUCACAUAAAUCUACUAGAGGGCGCAAUAUACACUUCAGCCAACCAGGUCAGCUUUCUUUUGACUGACUUAUCGAUUGACUGACCGACUGACCCAACCACCCCCGUCCCUAAACCCAACCGAUUGUUUUCAAAAGCAAUCUAGAGAAAGAAAAGCAGUCGCAGCCACGUGACUGAAUCACAUUUCAGCCAGUUGUUUCUUUAUUUAUUAUUUAGAUUUUGUCUUAUCUGGUUUAUGAAACUAAUCUUCACUGAACUCGAACCCUGUCAUUGCAGUCAACUAAGCCUCGCAUCCCAAGUCCAUCAGCAUAUACUGGGCGUAUGGGGUAGCACUAGAAAAGCCGUCCAUACAGAGGUCAGCUGCUAGUGCUAAAAUAAACAGAAGCUGUUGACAGCACCAUACCAUCCCAUAGCAUUCAUCUUGAAGACGAAUUGCUGCCAAACGUACCUCUGGCUAAUUCACGCUCUCCAGAAAUAUAGAGAUAGGUACAUAUCGACAAUGAGCCUGUGUUGUAUGGAAAUCAAUGGGUACCAUCAAUCAGCAUUCUUCAAAAUACUUUUUGUGUCCAACAGAAGAAAAAACUUAAAGGGCCUUAUCUGAAAACCUGCUGCAAUAUGUGUUUUUGGCUAUUUUCAGCCUGGCACAGGUAUUGACCUUUUACACAAAACUGUAUUGACACAAUUAACAGUCAUCAGCACAACCAAGACUCAUUGUGGAUACAUACCCAGGUCUACAUUUUUGGGGUCAGCGAAAUACGUAACUGCAGGUACGUCUGCUUGCAUUUAUUUUUGCAAAUCCACCAGAUGGCGCUGUGUGUGAUUUUUGAUGGUCUCAAAUUUCUCUCACACAUCCUUUUUUCGAAUAAAUCCACUAGAGGGCACAUUAUACAUAUCAGCUGACCAGGCCAGCCUGCUUACAACUAACUUGAGUGAUCUAAUGACUGACUGAUUGGCCCAUCCAUCCCUGUCCCUAAACCCAACCGAUAGUGUUUUCAAAAGCAAUCUAGUCAAAGAAAAGCAGUCACAGCCGCAUGAUUUUACCACAUUUUCAGCCUGUUGUUUCUUUAUUUAUUAUUUAGCUUUUGUCAUACCUGGUUUAUGGAACCGUUCUUCGUCGAACUCGAACCCCGUCGUUGCAGUCAACUAAGCCUCCUAUCCCAAGUUCAUCAGCGUAUGCGGCGAGCUUCUGAGUACACUGGUAACACCAGAAAAGCCGUCCAUAUAGAGGUAAGUGGUCACCUGGUACCACUAAAAGAAACAGAAGUUAUUAGCAAUGUCAUAUCACCCCGUAGCGUUCAUUUUAAAGACGAAAUGCAGCCAUACAUACCUCUGGCUACAUGAUUCGUGCUCCAGAAAUGUGGGGGUAUGUAUCCACAAUGAGCUUGUGUUGUAUGGAAGUCAAUGGAGAACAUCAACUAGCAUUCUUCAAAAAAAAUCUUCUUUUGUGUCCAAAACGCGAGGUGUCUAUGGACAGGACAGUGAAUUUGACGCUGGCUCUCAUCAUCACUCACAAUUUUUUUUCCCUUGUUUUGAAAGUUUUGAUAGCACCAUCUUUGAGUUUUUCUUUUAUUUUUUCAGCAAAUAGGAAUGUAAAUAAACAAUUUGCUAUACUCUCCCAUUCACUGUGCUCUAAGUUUUCCCAAUUAUGACAACUUCCACUACUGAGAAACAAAAAAAUGUGAAAGGGUCCAUUAUUUUCAUGACCUGCGCCGUGUUUUAAAAAGCAAAUACAUGUGCACUAAUAUGUGCAACCAUGAGCAUGCUUGUCUGAAAAGGAGGUGUGUUAAGGCGCAUUGUUUGGUACUUUGCUCUUUUAAGGCCAGGCAUGGACUGGAAAAAGUUUAUUUGCCCAGGAUUGGUAUAAGUGAAGGUGGGGGAAGGUGGGCGGGUGAGAAUAGGGUCAGGCCAGAUUCACAGUGACAGGCCAGAUUGGCCAUCAGGCCCCUGGGAAAUGUCCUAUGGCCAGUCCGCCCCUGUUUGAGGCAACAGAAAUAGACCACACCAUUGACCAACUCAAAGCUGGUCUAUGGUCAAUGGCGUUUUUUUUUUUUUACUAUUAUUUUUAUUAUUAUUAUUAUUAUUAUUUAAAGAGCGCUUUAGAGAUAGGCACAUUCUACACACAAGUAUGAACCGAAUAACAGAAAUAUCUUUAAAUAUGUAAAAAUGAAAGGAUUAAAAUGUAAAAGAUUAUCAUUGUCUAUAUAAGAGCCAUAAGUUCAUUGUUUUAUUUAUGUUAAAUUGAUAAUAAUGUAAAAGGCAAACUUGAAAAUAUUUUACUAAAAGUAAUUUAAUUUUUAAUAUAAAGUAUAUGCUGAUGUCACUUCCGGUAAGGAAGAAGUAGUGUCAUGAAGAUGGAAGCAAGACAGUUUUUUGACCGUGUAUUAUAGUUCAGUUAAGUUGUUAUUAAACAUGUUCGAAAUGACAUCACUGGACUGUCUUAUGUUACCCGCGUUCAAAUCCUGCUAAUUCAGAGAAACAAGACAAGAAGAGACGGAUCGAUGGCACAUACAGUCUAUAUAAUAAAUAUAAAAGAAGCUACCUCCACCAUUUUUUCCUUCCUUAAAUUUGCAAAAGUAGAUUCAGACAUGCCCUAAGUGCACUUUAUUUGUGCGUUACGCAUUUAGAUUGUUAAAAUACAGCCCAUAGAGGCUUAAAACCAAAUGAGGGCGAGUAAUUUUUGGGUGAACUAUCUCUUUAAGGCCUGGUCCUGUCAGCAUCGUCAGUCAGGAGCAGGUUUGUGUGUACUACUAACAAAUAGCCUCUCCAUUUUGUAGCAUGAUGCAAUGUUUACAUUUUUUUUUUUUUACUUUGCACCAACUGUGUUUUCCAAGGUCUGAGAUAUGGCGGUUUAUUCGAUUUCCAGUUGUUCCUAUUCUUUAACACAGGGUUUUAUGGACAUGCUACGAUUUGAUAUUGCAUACGUUAAUUACUCGAUAUAUAUUUUUGGAAUCAAUUGUUUGUAUGUGCCAUAUACUAGGACUAUCCGGAGUGCGUCUGCAUGCGUUCGCGUGUGUGUCGUCUGGUUGUUUUGUACCAAAAAAAAAGUGCUGUAUACUCUUGAGGGUUUGUGGUUUACAUUUAUAUGAAGUGCUUAUGUACAAAUUGAAAAUACAUUUGAAAUGCAUUGCUAUUUAAGAUGUGUGUCGUUUUCCUGUAUCUUCUUCCAACGAGCACAGAAAAUCGUACAAUUCAUAAUCACUCCACGAACAAAUAAGCAUGAUCUCAUUCACAAAGGCUGCAUUGUGGGAGUGAUUACACUGUUAUUUUAGCAAUUAUGGAUUAGUCCUUUUUUUUGGGCCAGUAACCAAUAAGAAACUCUCUUUAAGGGACUCCAGGCUCAGCUAAUAUCACCCUUUCCUCAUGAAAAACCAUUGCACUGAUUCUGUGCUUCUUCAGGGUGCAUCUGGAUGAUUAUGUGUUCGAUGAGUAAAUGGCAAUUAGAUGACCCCUUAACAGCACACUGCACUGAGGUGAAUGUGUCAGUGUCUCUGUGCCUCGCUCAGGACACCAACAGUACAUAUUUUGUAUGUCUUCCUUAUCCCAUGUACCCAUUUCGGGUCUUGGAGCUGAUUAGUUGAGGCGUCAGUCUGGUGUAUUCCAUAAGGGAUUGCUUUUUAAAUACAUUUACCAUCAUUUUAAACUUUGCUUUCUGCAUUUAUAUUUAAAAAAUGAAUGUACAGACAUACAAAAGCAUUUCAAAUGCACUUAUACUGUCUACUUUAAUGUUUCAAAUUAACCUUCUGAAAAUAAAAUGUCAAAAUAUGUUGAAA